AUGGUCUCCCGAGCCCUCACGGCACUCUCCCUCGUUGUAUGCGCCAACGCCCAUUCCUGGGUAGAGGAGAUCAGAGUGAUUGCAGAAAAUGGAACCUUCACCGGGGCAGCAGGAUACGCCCGGGGAAAUUACCUUCGUACUGCUGCAGGAUUCAGCGAUCUAACAAUGACCUACCUGAUCCCUCCGAAUAGUCAAGCCAACGUGACAGUCGUCUACGACAGCACAAAACUGUGCAAAGACACCCAACAAAACCAAACACAAACAUCCGGGAGCCCUAGACUAAAAGCCAAUGCUGGCGAUGCAAUCGCUCUCCGCUACCAAGAGAACGGUCAUGUCACCCUGCCCUGGAACCAACCAGGCAAACCUCCAAAUCGCGGCACGGUGUAUGUGUACGGAACCACAGAGCCCAAAGUCGGCGAAACACUAAACGACGUUCACGGUGUAUGGAAUUGGAACGGCACAGGCGGCGACGGACGAGGAACACUUCUAUCUUUGCAGAAUUUCGACGAUGGCCGCUGCUACCAGAUCAAUAGCGGCAAUAUCUCGGAGCACCGGCAGGCGAAAUAUCCGCACGAGGCUAAUCAGCUCAUGGGUGCUGAUCUGUGGUGUCAACAAGAUGUACAGUUGCCGACUACGGCACCCACGGGGAAACUGUAUACCCUUUACUGGGUAUGGGACUGGCCCACUCGUCCAAGUGCUACCGAUGGAUACCCGGAUGGGAAGAAAGAGCUGUACACUACCUGUAUCGAUAUCGAUAUUGUGGGUCAGGCUUCGAGUAAGGUGCAGGAGACGGAUGACUACACUGAGGGACAGAGUCUUGAUAGUGCCUCAAUAGCGUCGGAGUUUGAUGAUUUGAUGAAUGAGGAUGCUGUGCAGCUGUCUGGUACUGCUGCUGUGUCUUCUUCUUCCACGAUGCAGGCUGAGACUACUAGUUCCUCGGACCCUGCCUCGACGAUGCAGGCCACAACUGAGUCUGCGGGGGCUACUGUGACCGUUACUGUCGGUGCCGUGACUGCCUGGCGGACGGUCACUGAGGUGCAAGUGCAGACGGUGACAGUUGAUAGUUGCCAAGCGACGGAGAUGGCCGGUUAA